AUGAGCAUCAGAAACGAACGUGAGCGUGAACGUCAGAAACGUGAGAAUGAACGGGAGCGUGAGCGUCAAGAACUUGAGAGUGAGUGUGAGCGUGAGGAACGUGAGCGUGAACGUCAGAAACGUGAGAAUGAACGGGAGCGUGAGCGUCAAGAACUUGAGAGUGAGUGUGAACGUCAGGAACGUGAGCGUGAGCAUCAAGAACAUGAGAAUGAACGGGAGCGUGAGCGUCAAGAACUUGAUAGUGAGUGUGAGCGUCAGGAACGUGAGCGUGAGCGUGAGCGUGAGCGUCAGGAACGUGAGAAUGAACGGGAGCGUGAGCGUCAAGAACUUGACAAACUUGAGAGUGAGUGUGAGCAUCAGGUACGUGAGAAUGAAUGGGAGCGUGAGCGUCAAGAACUUGAGAGUGAGUGUGAGCUUCAGGAGCGUGAGCAUCACGAACGUGAGAAUGAACGGGAGCGUGAGCGUCAAGCACUUGAUGGUGAGUGUGAGUGUCAGGAACGUGAGCGUGAGCGUCAAGAACUUGAUAGUGAGCGUGAGCGUCAGGAUCGUGAGAAUGAACGGGAGCGUGAGUGUCAAGCACUUGAUAGUGAGUGUGAGCGUCAGGAACAUCGGCGUCAAGAACAUGAGAGUGAGUGUGAGCGUCAGGUGCGUGAGCGUGAGCGUAAGGAACGUGAGAAUGAACGGGAGCGUGAGCGUCAAGAACUUGACAGUGAGUGUGAACAUCAGGAGCAUGAGCAUCAAGAACAUGAGAUUGAAUGGGAGCGUGAGCGUCAAGAACUUGAUAGUGAGUGCGAGUGUCAGGAACGUGAGCAUCAAGAACUUGAGAUGAGUGUAAACGUCAGGAACGUGAGAAUGAAAGGGAGCGUGAGCGUCAAGAACUUGAGAGUGAGUGUGAGCGUCAGGAGCGUGAGCGUGAGCGUCAGGAUCGUGAGAAUGAACGGGAGUGUGAGCGUCAGGAACAUGGGCGUCAGGAACAUGAGAGUGAGUGUGAGCGUGAGGUACGUGAGCGUGAGCGUAAGGAACGUGAGAAUGAAUGGCAGCGCGAGCGUUAGGCACUUCAUAGUGAGUGUGAGCGUCAGGAACGUGAGCGUGAGCGUCAGGAAUGUGAGAAUGAACGGGAGCGUGAGCGUCAAGAACUUGAGAGUGAGUGUGAGCGUCAGGAACGUGAGCGUGAGCGUCAGGAACGUGAGAAUGACUGGGACUGUGAGCGUCAAGAACUUGACAGUGAGUGUGAAUGUCAGGAGCGUGAGCGUGAGCAUCAAGAACAUGAGAAUGAACGGGAGCGUGAGCGUCAAGAAAUUGAUAGUGAGUGUGAGUGUCAGGAACGUGAGCGUCAAGAACAUGAGAGUGAGUGUAAACGUCAGGAACGUGAGAAUGAAAGGGAGCGUGAGCGUCAAGAACUUGAGAGUGAGUGUAAGUGUCAUGAACGUGAGAAUGAACGGUAGCGUCAGCUUCAAGAACUUGAGAGUGAGCUUGAGCAUCAGGAACACGAGAAUGAACAGGAGUGUGAGCGUCAGGUACGUGAGAAUGAAUGGGAGCGUGAGCGUCAAGAACUUGAGAGUGAGUGUGAGCUUUAGGAGCGUGACCAUCAGGGACGUGAGAAUGAACGGCAACGUGAGCGUCAAGCACUUGAUGGUGAGUGUGAGUGUCAGGAACGUGAGCGUGAGCGUCAAGAACUUGAUAGUGAGUGUGAGCGUCAGGAUCGUGAGAAUGAACGGGAGCGUGAGUGUCAAGCACUUGAUAGUGAGUGUGAGCGUCAGGAACAUGGGCGUCAAGAACAUGAGAGCGAGUGUGAGCGUCAGGUACGUGAGCGUGAGCGUAAUGAACGUGAGGAUGAAUGGGAGUGUGAGCGUCAGGAAUGUGAGCGCGAGCGUCAGGAACAUGAGUGUCCAGAACAUGAGAGUGAGCGUGAACGUAAGGAACGUGAGAAUGAACGGGAGCGUGAGCGUCAAGAACUUAAGAGCGAGUGUGAGCGUCAGGAACGUGAGGAUGAAUGGGAGCGAGCGUCAAGAGCUUGAUAGCGAGUGUGAUCGUCAGGAACGUGAGCGUGAGCGUCAGGAACGGGAGAAUGAAUGGGAGUGUGAGCAUCAAGAUUUUGAGAGUGAGUGUGAGCGUCAGGAACGUGAGCGUGAGCAUAAGGAACGUGAAAAUGAACGGGAGCGUGAGCGUCAAGAACUUGAGAGUGAGUGUGAGCAUCAGAAACAUGAGCGUGAGCGUCAGGAACAUGAGAAUGAAUGGGAGCGUGAGCGUCAAGAACUUGAGAGUGAGUGUGAGCAUCAGGAACGUGAGCGUGAGCGUCAGGAACGUGGGAAUGAAAAGGAGCGUGAGCGUCAAGAACUUGAGAGUGAGUGUGAGCGUCAGGAACGUGAGAGUGAGCGUCAGGAACGUGAGAAUGAACGGAAGCGUGAGCGUCAAGAACUUGAGAGUGAUGCGUGUGAGCGUCAGGAACGUGAGCGUAAGCGUCAGGAACGUGAGAAUGGACGGGAGCGUGAGCGUCAAGAACUUGAGAGUGAGUGUGAGCGUCAGGAACGUGAGCGUGAGCGUCAUGAACGUGAGAAUGAACGGGAGCGUGAGCGUCAGGAACUUGAGAGUGAGUGUGAGCGUCAGGUACGUGAGCGUGAGCGUCAGGAACGUGGGAAUGGACGGGAGCGUGAGCGUCAGGAACUUGAAAGUGAGUGUGAGCGUCAGAGUACUGCUGACCCGGCAGACGCGAGCACCCAUGUCGAGUCAGAUCGGCGUGCCGAAGGGAAGUACCAGCUGGACGAUGCAGUUGAGGGCAGUUCGCAGGAUUGUGAGCUGCGUAGCUCAAUGGAAGACAACUGCAUGGUUCAGGGAUCGGUGCAGCUGUCCGCCAGUCUAGGUAGCCAAGAAAGCGAUGAUUUAGUUGGGAAUCAUUCGGACUGUGCGCGUGAGACAGUGAUCGAGAUCGACGAGUUGUGUGCCGAUGCACAGCGUGAGCUGGGCAAUGCAGUAGAGGGCAGUUCCCUGGAGCGCGAGUUGCAUAGCUCGAGUAAAGACUGCUGCAUUGUUCCAGAGUCGGUUGAAUGCGCCAGUCGAGGAAAAGAGUGA